ACGGAUGCUGAGACUUGGGACGGAAGAAACAGAUGGGAUAAGAGAGACACGACCGUCGGGUACCUAUCCCACUGUGGGAAUGUCAACCAGGGUAGCGGUAUGUGCUGUUAGUGCAAGCUCGAAUUCGAUGGACAAUCUGGGAGGGAAUCGCAGAAAUGUGUCCAAGUGUGGGAACGAAUGCCGCAAGAACACCCAGAACGUGGGCCGACUUCCACAUUUCGGCCAACUCCGUUUCAGCAGCGGUCAAGCGCAAACCAGGCCUGGGCUGCUAUGAAUGGCUGCAGUCUAGAGAGGGACUUUCCCAUCGUUAUGUUACGCAACCUGCAUGACCCUCCUACGACUGGACGAAUCUCCUGCCUCCCGUGGUCUAGCGGUGCACUAAGCCAGGAAAGUUCGCAUGGAGUGACGACUCACGUACAGCUCCUUCCUCCCGAAUCCUUGGGAAACAUGCUUCUCCACGUGGAAGCGGAACUUCGACCUCAUGCCUUGGUGAGAAUCAUGACCUUGAGACUGCACCUGUCGAACUCUGAAUCUAGAGUCGGGAUCCAAUACCAUACCUUUCUAGCCGCCCAUGGUCUGUGCUAGAAAGGGGGCUGCCAUACCCAUCAGCGUUGACGGGGUCCUCAACUCGAACAAAAAAUGCUCUUGUUAGUAUCAUCUUAAAUAGCUUACGAGCCAAUAUUCCCUCUGCAAAACCAUGAACCCUGCC